GCAGGACAGUGCAAGGUGUGUUCCGGGGAAGUCGAUCCGUUUGUCUAGAACUGAGAACGUUUGUAGAGAAGUAGCAGGAAAUGGUUGGGUCACAUUAUGGAGAGUUUGGUCUUUAUGCUGUGGCAGGCAGGAGAUAAGGAGGGGCUUUGAGAAGGGAGUGACCAGAUGCAAUGGCCGGGUCAGUGUUUGGGGGAGAGGCUGGUGUGGCGGCGCAUGCUGGGAGCAGAGGCUCUGCACUCACUCCGGGAGAGAAAGGGUCCAGGACUCAGAGCUAGGAGGAUGUGGCUUCCAAACUCUGAUGAGAAAGCUUCGCUUCUAGACUCCGUCCUGGCUUUGAUUCCCCUGGCCCAGUUCUUCCCCAACUUUCCCUCCUCCUUAGGCGCCCAGCUGCCCAAGUCAGCCUUUCCAAGAGUUAAUGUGUAAACGGCGUAGGGGGCGCGUCCCUGGUGCCCCCGUCCCCAUCCCCAGCAGGUUUGUGCGUGGGGCGGGGCAAGGGGCACUGGAGUGAGACCGGGAGAGAGAACGGGAGAGAGACAGCAGAGCAGGCAUAGCAGCUAUUGCACGGGCCCUGGGGAGGGAGUGGGCGGCAGGGCCAGAGUCCAGUCAGGAUCUGGCACCACUGACCUUGCUGGGGAAAGAAGCUGAGGACUAGGUGUCUGGGGCCUGGGACCACCUGCCUCAGAGGGGCAGGAGCCCCAGCCUCCUGCUGUAGGACGCAAGUGCCACCCUCAAGGCCUCAAGGCCCUCCUGAGCCUAAAGCACUGAGGCCAACCUCAGGCCCCCUCCCUCCAUCACUGAAGAAGAGGCUGUAGGAGCCACAGCCGCCUCCUCCCCCCUCCCUGCUGCCGCUGCCACCACCACAUCGGCUGAGCCCAGCCGCAGGUUGUCUUGGCAACGGGAGGCGGAGAGGAGAUGCGCCGAGGGAUGGAGGUGUAUGUCACGGAGGAGGCUGCCGUGCUCCUGCCCCACGCCCCAGGCCCUUGAAGCACGUCUGGGUUCCUGGAAGAGGUGCCUGUUACUUGGGUUUACGCAGAAAGGCGCCUGUCCCGGCUCCAGCCUCGGGGCCUCUGAGCAUCUGGGCCACACUGUCUGGGAAGAGGCCCUGCACCGGCCUGCAGCCUGGAGAGUCCCGAGGGAUGAGGACGCCGCGGCCCGGUGGAACGCCCUUUCUGCUCUCGCGGCCCCGCGCGCGCAGCGCCCAGGAACCCCGCAGCGCCUGACCCCUGUCGCCCCUCCUCGCGCCCAGGGUUCUGCCAGCGACCGGAGCAGCCAGCUGCCUGCCGCAUGGAACGGCUGCAGAAGCAACCACUCACCUCCCCUGGGAGCGUCAGCUCCUCCCGAGGCUCCAGUGGUCCCGGCUCUCCCUCCAUCGUCGUGGCCAAGAUGGACAAUCAGGUGCUGGGCUACAAGGACUUGGCCGCCAUCCCCAAGGACAAGGCCAUCCUGGACAUCGAGCGGCCUGACCUCAUGAUCUACGAGCCCCACUUUACCUACUCUCUCCUGGAACACGUGGAGCUGCCCAGGAGCCGGGAGCGCUCUCUGUCACCCAAAUCCACAUCCCCCCCACCAUCCCCAGAGGUGUGGGCAGAGAGCCGGUCCCCUGGAAUCAUCUCUCAGGCUUCAGCCCCAAGAACCACCGGGACCCCCCGGACCAGCCUGCCCCAUUUCCACCACCCUGAGACCACCCGCCCAGAUUCCAAUAUCUACAAGAAGCCACCCAUCUACAAGCAGAGAGAGUCCAUGGGAGGCAGCCCUCAGAGCAAGCCCUUCCAUGAGGACAUCAUCGAGUCAUCCAAGUUCCCUGCAGCCCAGCCGCCUGACCCCAACCAGCCAGCCAAGAUCGAAACUGACUACUGGCCAUGCCCCCCAUCGCUGGCCGUCGUGGAAACAGAAUGGAGGCGGCGGAAGGCGUCACGGAGAGGGGCAGAGGAGGAGGAGGAGGAGGAAGAAGAUGAUGACUCCGGGGAGGAGAUGAAGGCGCUCAGGGAGCGUCAGAGGGAGGAGCUCAGCAAGGUUACUUCCAACUUGGGAAAAAUGAUCUUGAAAGAAGAGAUGGAAAAAUCAUUGCCUAUCCGGAGGAAGACCCGCUCUCUGCCUGACCGGACACCCUUUCAUACCUCUUUGCAUGCAGGAACGUCUAAGUCGUCUUCUCUCCCCGCCUACGGCAGGACCACCCUAAGCCGGCUACAGUCCACAGACUUCAGCCCAUCUGGGAGUGAAAGUGGGAGCCCAGGCCUGCAGAACGGAGAGGGCCAGAGGGGGAGGAUGGACCGGGGGAACUCCCUGCCCUGUGUGCUGGAGCAGAAGAUCUAUCCCUACGAAAUGCUGGUGGUGACCAAUAAGGGGCGAAGCAAGUUGCCUCCAGGUGUGGACCGGAUGAGGCUUGAGAGGCAUCUGUCAGCAGAGGACUUCUCAAGGGUAUUUUCCAUGUCACCAGAAGAGUUCAGCAAGCUGGCGCUGUGGAAGCGGAACGAACUCAAGAAAAAGGCCUCUCUCUUCUGAUUGCCCCACCCUCUCCGUGACUGACCCUCACCUCUGCUGCUUCAGGGCUCUGGAGCUGGGGUCACCAGACCCCAAAGCAUCAUCUCUUGAGGGAGCAGGAGGGUGGGGCAGAGGUGGGGUUGGCUCCAUUCCCCAGGUGUAGGGGAGCCAAGCCGUCUGCAGUGCUGGUGUAUGGCCCAGGGGCUUUCUUCCCCAUAGGAAUGAGGGGCUGCCUCCUCUCAUGCCUGGUCCUCACUGCACGGGCCAAACCCAUCUGGACUCCAGCACACACAGAGUUAAUGUUUGCAGCCCCUCCCUGCCCCUGCCCCUACAUGAAGGUCCCCAGAAGAGAGUGAGGAGAAAGGAACGUGGCGCUUAGUGGUCAGGCUGUCGGCUAUCUUCACCAGCUGGUGGGCAGGAGGAGGUGAGAGUAGGGAGCAGGCAGGUGGGCCGGGAGGAGAGCCCCAGGACCCUGUGGGUGCCCAGGCACGCCUUCUCGCCUCACCUGGGACACAUUCCCCAGCCCUGGCCUCCUGUUCCUCUCACUCUAGCAGGGCAGGCUCCAGCUCAGCCUCUAGCCCUGAGGCCGUCCUGCCCUCCAGCUCACCCUGUCCUCUCCUUGUGACCCUCAAGCUUCGAAGCCCCUUGCUCAGCCCUGCGGCUUCCCCAAAAGUGUUGGCUUGGAGUGGAGAUGUUGCCUGUACAAACCCAGCUCACCAUCAGCCUCCAGGCAAAGUCAGCUAGGCUCCUACCUUCUAGCACCCAGGGCCCGGCCAGAACCCAGCCCUGCAGGCUCCCUGGGAUGGGAUCAAGAGGCCAGGCUGUGUCCUGGCCACCAGGUCCCGUCCACUCCCAUGCACCUCCACCAUGCUGUCCGAAGAAUGUAGUUUAUCGGGGCCCCCCAGCUGCUUCCCCCACCUGACUCUGCCCCACCUCAAUCACAGUCCCCGCUUUUCUUCUCUCAAAGACAUAUGUGAAUAUAAUUAUAUAUAUAUAUUUUUUUUGCCUGGGUCUGGGUUUUGUUCCUGCCCAGACCCUGGCAUCCCUUUCCACUGUGUGUGUGACAAUGCUGGGGAGGGGGACUCUGCUUGGAAUUAAAAGGUUGCAUUGGGUCCCCAAA